CAACACAACAUCAACGCUCAUUGACCUUCCACUGUCCACCAUCCCUCAUGUCGGGCUCGGGUGACGAGCGAGCGCACAAGCGCUCACGGCAGAACGUGAGCCAGGCAUGUGUUAACUGUCGACAGAGGAAAAAGAAAUGUGACGGCAACCAGCCAUGUGCGACAUGUGUCGCGUACAAGGACGAGUGCGUAUGGGGGGGCAAGGACGACUGGCGCAAGCCAUUAUCGCGGAGUGAAACGAACGCACUGCGAGCGCGGGUGGACGAGCUUGAGGGGCUUGUACAGGAGUAUAAGACGAGGUUGGAGCUCAUUUCGAUCCAGCGCGCGCCGCCGAGCAUCGAGAGCAGUACACGGUCACCGAUGCCGCAGAAGCUCGCCCCGCCGCGACAUAAGGAUGAUGUUGAAGAUGUGCUUCACGACGAUGAUGGCACACUGCGCUUCUUCGGCCCCACUAGCGCUUUCCACCGCGCCAAACCCACACACCCACCCUCUGUGAACCCUUUGAGCGCCCGUGGCGACGACAAGCGGUGGGGCCGCUUUCUACCUGAAAUUUACCUUACACGAGACGCACACGACACAGCAGUGGACCGCUUCUUUCGCUACUUCUCAGCGUUCGGCCAGCGGACAACACCCCAUCUCUUCUACCGGGAUAUGGAGAUUGCCCUUGACCUCCCAGAAGAAGACAUCCCCCUCCUCGCGCCCAACUACAGUCCGGUGUUGCACAACGUCAUCCUCUCGCUGGGAUUAGCGUACGCGGACGAAGGGUACUUGCGGGCUGUCACGACACGGCGUGCGUUUCAUAAGGAAGCAAAUCGGCGGCUGGACGCCGAGAUCAAUAACCCUUCGCUCGCGACAGUGCAAGGCCUGGCGCUCAGGAGCUCCUUCUCAAGUACGGUGGGCGACUAUAGCGUCGGGUGGAUCUACAACGGGCUGGCUACCCGAAUGUGUUUCGCGCUCGGCCUGCACGUGGACACUACGCCUCUUGUGGAACGCGGCAAAAUUUCGGUCGAGCAGAACACACAGCGCUGCGUCACUUACUGGUCGUGCUAUGUCCAAGAAGAGAUGUGGGCAAUCUAUAUGGGCCGCACGCCGCUCAUGACCCAGUGGCACAGCGUGCCGUACCCGUCCGCCGACCUGGUCACUGACAACUGGGAGUGGACGUGGCCUGACAGCCGCGCACCGCCACAAAAGACGUAUCUCUCCACAUGCUUCGUGUACACAACGGCGCUGAUGCGAAUCGCAACGGAGAUUACUACGACCAUCUACACGGGUCGCUAUCAGAAGUCCGAGCUCGUGCACAACGGCACUGUCAAGCGGUUCAGCGACGAGCUGACUGCAUGGCUCAACAGUCUACCCGCACCCUUGCAGCUGAGCGAAGACGAGAAUGACCUUGCACUGCCUCACAUCAUCCUUCUCCAUUUAGGAUGCUCGUGGAUUGCGAUCUUCCUCUUCCAACCCUUCUCGCAGGUCACUGUGACAGAUAAGGAGGAGGUCGACUUCGGGAAAUACGCCAUGACGAGGUGUCACCGCGCGGCGCUCCGGAUCCACCGCCUCGCUCAGCUCCACCGUGCGCAGCAUACGCUGCGUUUCACACCCCCAACCAUGGCACAGGCCGUAUACACGGCUGGCACGUCCUUUCUCCUUGCGGCGGCGCAAGCCGCGGACGCAACCCACGCCUCCUCGGCGCUGGCGCACUGCAACGAGAUGCUGGCGAUGUUGCGUGAGACCAGCGAGACAUGGCACGCGGCCGCGCAGAAAGCGCUCAUCCUUGAAGAGCUCGUCGCAGAGUAUCAGAGCAGCACGGAUGCGCCUGACCCCGCCGCGCAAUUGUGGACCGUGCCUCUCGCGCGCGACCAUCCCAACCCUUCGCCGACCACGCUCGAACACCCCUGGAGUGCGAGCGACGCGACGCUCGACGACUUUAUCCACAGUCUGUUUAGCCAGAAUACGAUGCCGCUCGGUAGCGACGUCGACCUUAUGGCCUUGCUCCAGGACGGUGUGGGCAUGGGUAUGUAAUGUUUGUACUUUGUAGGAAGCAAAAGUUCUCUCUCUCCCGAACAGACAAGACGAGGGGGUCCGAGAUUGCUCAGUGCUUGCCGGAGAGUCGCGUGUUCGCGAUAUGAUUUGACUGCGGCGAGACUGAUGGAAUUCUG